AUGCAGCUGAGCCGCGCCGCCGCCGCCGCCGCCGCCGCCGCCGCGCCCGCGGAGCCCCCGGAGCCUCGGUCCCCCGCGCCGGCCCCGGCCCCGGCCCUCCCCGGGCCCCUCCCGCGCAGCGCGGCCGACGGGGCUCCGGCGGGGGGCCGGGGGGGGCCGGGGCGCCGCGCGGAGUCCCCGUGCGCUCCGUUCCCGGCCGCGGGCGGCCCCGGCGCGGGGAUGGACGGCCCCGGGGCCGGCGCCGCGGUCGUGCGCGUCGGCAUCCCGGACCUGCAGCAGACGAAGUGCCUGCGCCUGGACCCGGCCGCGCCCGUGUGGGCCGCCAAGCAGCGCGUGCUGUGCGCCCUCAACCACAGCCUCCAGGACGCGCUCAACUACGGGCUCUUCCAGCCGCCCUCCCGGGGCCGCGCCGGCAAGUUCCUGGACGAAGAGCGGCUCCUGCAGGACUAUCCGCCCAACCUGGACACGCCCCUGCCCUACCUGGAGUUUCGAUACAAGCGGCGAGUUUAUGCCCAGAACCUCAUUGAUGAUAAGCAGUUUGCAAAGCUUCACACUAAGGCGAACUUGAAGAAGUUCAUGGACUAUGUUCAGCUACACAGCACGGACAAGGUGGCCCGCCUGCUGGACAAGGGGCUGGACCCCAAUUUCCAUGACCCUGACUCAGGAGAGUGCCCUCUGAGCCUCGCGGCCCAGCUGGACAAUGCCACAGACUUGCUGAAGGUGCUGAGGAACGGCGGUGCUCACCUGGACUUCCGCACGCGUGACGGGCUCACUGCUGUGCACUGUGCCACACGCCAGCGGAAUGCGGCAGCACUGACGACCCUGCUGGACCUGGGGGCUUCACCCAACUACAAGGACAGCCGCGGCCUGACACCCCUGUAUCACAGCGCCCUGGGGGGCGGGGAUGCCCUCUGCUGUGAACUGCUUCUCCACGACCAUGCUCAGUUGGGGACCACCGAUGAGAAUGGUUGGCAGGAGAUCCACCAGGCCUGCCGCUUCGGGCACGUACAGCACCUGGAGCACCUGCUGUUCUACGGAGCCAACAUGGGGGCCCAGAACGCCUCGGGGAACACAGCCCUGCACAUCUGUGCUCUCUACAACCAGGAGAGCUGUGCCCGUGUCCUACUUUUCCGUGGCGCCAACAAGGACGUCCGCAAUUACAACAGCCAGACAGCCUUCCAGGUGGCCAUCAUUGCAGGGAACUUUGAGCUUGCGGAGGUCAUCAAGACGCAUAAAGAUUCGGAUGUUGUACCGUUCAGGGAAACUCCCAGCUAUGCGAAACGGCGGCGACUGGCUGGCCCCAGUGGCUUGGCAUCCCCUCGGCCCCUGCAGCGCUCAGCCAGUGACAUCAACCUGAAGGGUGAGGUGCAGCCCGCAGCUUCUCCUGGGCCCUCACUGCGAAGCCUCCCCCACCAGCUGCUGCUCCAGCGGCUACAGGAGGAGAAAGAUCGCGACCGGGACGGCGACCAGGAGAACGACAUCAGUGGCCCCUUAGCAGGCAGGGGCAGCCAGAGCAAGAUCAGCCCGAGCGGGCCCGGCGGCCCCGGCCCCGCGCCCGGCCCCGGCCCCGCGCCCCCCGCGCCCCCCGCGCCGCCGCCCCGCGGCCCGAAGCGGAAACUUUACAGCGCCGUCCCCGGCCGCAAGUUCAUCGCGGUGAAGGCGCACAGCCCGCAGGGCGACGGCGAGAUCCCGCUGCACCGCGGCGAGGCCGUGAAGGUGCUCAGCAUUGGAGAGGGCGGUUUCUGGGAGGGGACCGUGAAAGGCCGCACGGGCUGGUUCCCGGCUGACUGCGUGGAGGAGGUGCAGAUGAGACAGUAUGACACACGGCAUGAAACCCGGGAGGACCGGACGAAGCGGCUUUUCCGCCACUACACAGUGGGCUCUUAUGACAGCCUCUCUUCACACAGCGAUUAUGUCAUUGAUGACAAAGUGGCUGUCCUGCAGAAACGGGACCACGAGGGCUUCGGUUUUGUGCUCCGAGGGGCCAAAGCAGAGACCCCCAUCGAGGAGUUCACGCCCACGCCGGCCUUCCCUGCGCUGCAGUACCUCGAGUCGGUGGAUGUGGAGGGCGUGGCCUGGAGGGCUGGGCUGCGCACCGGGGACUUCCUCAUCGAGGUGAACGGGGUGAACGUGGUGAAGGUUGGACACAAGCAGGUGGUGGCUCUGAUCCGCCAGGGUGGCAACCGCCUUGUCAUGAAGGUUGUGUCUGUGACAAGGAAGCCGGAAGAGGACGGGGCUCGGCGCAGAGCCCCACCGCCCCCCAAGAGGGCCCCCAGCACCACGCUGACUCUGCGCUCCAAGUCUAUGACCGCUGAACUUGAGGAACUUGAGAAGCUGGAUGAGAUCCUGGCAGCUGCUGCAGAGCCAACGCUGAGGCCGGACAUCGCGGACGCUGACUCCAGAGCCGCUACUGUCAAACAGCGGCCCACCAGCCGGAGGAUCACCCCCGCUGAGAUCAGCUCAUUGUUUGAACGCCAGGGCCUUCCAGGCCCAGAGAAGCUGCCAGGCUCCCUGCGGAAGGGGAUUCCACGGACCAAGUCUGUAGGGGAGGACGAGAAGCUGGCGUCCCUGCUGGAGGGGCGCUUCCCGCGGAGCACGUCCAUGCAGGACUCCGGGCGCGAGGGCCGCGGCAUCCCGCCCCCGCCGCAGACGGCGCCCCCGCCCCCGCCCGCGCCCUACUACCUGGACUCGGGGCCGCCGCCCGCCUUCUCGCCGCCGCCGCCACCGCCGGGCCGCGCCUACGACACGGUGCGCUCCAGCUUCAAGCCCGGCCUGGAGGCGCGCCUGGGCGCGGGCGCCGCCGGCCUGUACGAGCCCGCGCUCGGGCCGCUGCCCUACCCCGAGCGGCAGCGGCGCGCGCGCUCCAUGAUCAUCCUGCAGGACUCGGCGCCCGAGGCCGCGCCCGCCGCCACCCCGCCCGAGCGCGCCAAGCGCCGGCCGCGCGCGCCGGGCCCCGACAGCCCCUACGCCAACCUGGGCGCGCUCGGCGCCGGCCUCUUCGCGCCGUCCAAGCCGCAGCGCCGCAAGAGCCCGCUGGUGAAGCAGCUGCAGGUGGAGGACGCGCAGGAGCGCGCGGCGCUGGCCGUGGGCAGCCCGGGCCCGGGCGGCGGCAGCUUCGCGCGCGAGCCGUCCCCGACGCACCGCGCGCCCCGGCCCGGCGGCCUCGACUACGGCGCGGGCCCGGGCCCGGGCAAGGAGCGGCGGCUGGAGGAGCGGCGCCGCUCCACCGUCUUCCUGUCGGUGGGCGCCGUCGAGGGCGGCGCCCCCGGCGGGGACCUGCCGUCGCUGCAGCCGUCCCGCUCCAUCGACGAGCGCCUCCUGGGGGCCGGGCCCACGCCCGGCCGCGACCUGCUGCUGCCCUCCCCGGUCUCCGCUCUGAAGCCACUGGUCAGCGCCUCGAGCCUCGGGCCCUCGGGCUCCACCUUCAUCCACCCGCUCACCGGCAAGCCCCUGGACCCCAGCUCGCCCCUGGCCCUCGCCCUGGCCGCCCGGGAGCGGGCUCUGGCCUCCCAGGCGCCCUCCCGCUCCGCCACGCCCGUGCACAGCCCUGACGCCGACCGCCCCGGACCCCUGUUCGUGGACGUGCAGGCCCGGGAGGCGGAGCGAGGGGCCCUGGCCUCCCCAGCCUUCUCCCCUCGCAGCCCGGCCUGGAUUCCCGUGCCUGCUCGCCGGGAGACGGAGAAGGCGCCCCGAGAGGAGCGGAAGGCCCCUGAAGACAAGAAGUCCAUGAUCCUCAGUGUCCUGGACACUUCCCUGCAGCGGCCAGCGGGCCUCAUUGUCGUGCACGCCACCAGCAACGGGCAGGAGGCCGGCAGGCUGGCGGUGGAGGAGCAGCGCGCAGGCACCCCGGAGCUGGCCCCGGCCCCUGUGCAGUCCGCGGCGGGGGCAGAGCCGCUGCCCAGCCCCCGGGCCCAGCCCCCCGGCAGCUCCCCAGCAGAGCCAGGACCAGGCCAGGGCAGCUCGGAGGAGGAGCCGGAGCUGGUGUUCGCUGUGAACCUGCCGCCCGCCCAGCUGUCCUCCAGUGAUGAGGAGACCAGGGAGGAGCUGGCCCGCAUUGGGCUGGUGCCACCCCCUGAAGAGUUUGCCAAUGGGAUCCUGGUGGCCACCCCACUCCCCGGCCCGGGCCCCUCACCCACCACGGUGCCCAGCCCGGCCUCAGGGAAGCCCGGCAGUGAGCCACCCCCUGCCCCUGAGUCUGCAGCUGACUCCGGGGUGGAGGAGGCUGACACACGCAGCUCCAGUGACCCCCACCUGGAGACCACGAGCACCAUCUCCACGGUGUCCAGCAUGUCCACGUUGAGCUCGGAGAGUGGGGAGCUCACUGACACCCACACCUCCUUCGCCGAUGGACACACUUUUCUACUCGAGAAGCCACCAGUGCCUCCCAAGCCCAAGCUCAAGUCCCCGCUGGGGAAGGGGCCGGUGACCUUCAGGGACCCGCUGCUGAAACAGUCCUCGGACAGCGAGCUCAUGGCCCAACAGCACCACGCCGCCUCUGCCGGGCUGGCCUCUGCCGCCGGGCCCGCCCGCCCUCGCUACCUCUUCCAGAGAAGGUCCAAGCUAUGGGGGGACCCCGUGGAGAGUCGGGGGCUCCCUGGGCCUGAAGACGACAAACCAACUGUGAUCAGUGAGCUCAGCUCCCGCCUGCAGCAGCUGAACAAAGACACGCGCUCCCUGGGGGAGGAACCGGUUGGUGGCCUGGGUGGCCUGCUGGACCCUGCCAAGAAGUCGCCCAUCGCAGCAGCUCGGCAGAAGCUGCCGGAGCCCCUGGCUGAUCCUUGAGGACCCCUUCCCCAAGGCUCCCUCCAAGGGGAGCCCUCAGGCCCGCGGGCUGCAUGGAUGCUGGUGGGAGAGCUGGUUCCUGCUGGCCUGAGGCAGAGUGGGUGGUCCGCUGGCCAGCCCCCUUGGCUGUCUUUGCCUUCUGUGUCCCUGGGUCCCCCUCCCUGCUUCUGGGUUUGGGAGAGUGUGUGGGGUGCCACCUCCUGACUCCUUCCCACUGCCCUGAAGACCAGCCUAGUGGGCCCUUUGCUGUCAGCCUUGGAAGGCAGAACUGACAAAGUACUGAGGAGCUCAGAGCUUAAAGACUGUGGGUUUUACUCUAGCUUCUUCCAGUUCAGGAUUCAAAAGAUAAGUGGGAGCUUGGGAAGCUCAUGGUGCCUCUCCUGAGUGGUCUGGGAACACUGCUUUCAGCUCCUGUCAUCCUGGGGCUCGCUCUGGGGCCUUCUCCCCUUUUUGCCUCUUCUAACUCCCAGUCAAAUUUGAAAGCCUUCUUCCCAGGAAUGCAAUGUAGAAAGUACCCUUAGAGUGGAUAGUAGGUGUCAAGUCGGGAGCAGCAGCCCAGGUCCUAGGCCCCUGUGCGGGACCAGACACCUGAGGGUGGGGGCCUCCUGACCCAGCCUUGACCAGCACCCUGUAUUCGCUGCCUGCUUCUCCCCCCUCCACCAGCCCUGUUCCUUUCUGCCUCUUGGUCUCGAUGAAAAUCAAGGACAUUUAAAGCGCAUUUCACAGUGCCUGGCCCAGCACAGGCCCUCAAUAAACGUUUGCUAAAUGGAUGAAAGAGCAAAGCUGAA